AUGAAUACUGUAAUAUAUACAGAAGAAGAUGUGUUCUAUGAGAUUUCAACUAUUCGAGAUCCAGAACGAACGAUUUUCACUUUAGCAGAACUGGACGUGGUGGCACCAGAGCGCUGCAGUGUAACAUACAAUAAUCAUGAGGGUUUACGUAUAUGUAUGGCAGGAAAUGGAAGUGCCUGUGGUGAUGUGGGUGUUCCGAAACCCACUGGCUUAGUAAUGAUUGUCUUAAAACCUACAGUACCUCAUUGUAGUCUUAUGGGUAUUAUUUGUUUAUCUGUAUAUGCCAAGUUAAAGGAAGUUCUUCCAUCAUCUCUUUGUGAUUGGAAGAUUGAUAUAACAUUGGUUGAGGGUUCUCAUCUGCAACAAGAUGAUGUAGAGAAGCAGAUAGCUGAUAAGGAACGAGUGGCAGCAGCUUUAGAGAAUGAAACUUUGGUAAAGGAAAUUGAUAGGCUCAUCAAUGCCGAUGGUGACUAA